AUGUACAAUUGGGAUGCAUUUGGUGAUCACGAAGCUCGAGGAGAUGUUCAAUUCUUUGUCAAUGGAGGCGUCAUUCAGCCAAUGUGCACUUCAUCAAUCAACACCAUUGCUCAAACGUGUUCUCAUCUUUUUGCUUCAUCUGUCUGGGUUGAAUCAGUUCGAGCACAAAGACCGCUGUUUCCUUCACUUCAAUGCGAGUCAUGGGAAAAUUUCCUACGUAAUGAUUGCAACUUAAAUGCACCAGUCGGAAAUAUGGGCGUUGUAACUUCAACAAAUCUUCGUGGAACAUACUUUUUACGAACCAACCUUGAAGCUCCAUUCUCUAGAGAUCAACUUGGUCUGUAA